AGCAAACAGUUAAUGAUUUAUGUAAUCGUUUUACACGCUAUCUAUUGUUUAACCAGCGGGUCACAAUCAACAACUAUUAACCUUUGGCGUGCUCUUACAAAGUUUCGUUGCCAUGUGCAUUGUCGCGCUUUAUGUGAUAAAAGAAAGCCUGGUUUCAUAUCCGCUGAUCGCCCGUGCGGGUGUUAACCGCGAUCCGCGUGAAAUUCUGAAAUGAAAGGAGUUCACUAAUAAGAGUGGUUCUCUUAGUAGGCAUGCGCGCGGAUUGUUUUCGAUGCAGAUUGAUGAAGACCCACGGCAGAUAGCGGAUGGUCGCAUGUAAAAGUUUAUAUCAAAUCAAGAACACUUACAAUAACAUUCCGACAUGAUCGGAAUAUUUCUCUCGCUGCUGGGCUGGAUAGGGCUGAGCCCUGUGCCCUUUUUCGCAUACCUAAUAGGAACAACAGAACCAGCAUUGAAAUUGCUCCUAUCAAUUCUUCUGGGAUAUCCUUUAGGAGUGAUCUAUAACGAUCAUUUUAAACGACAUGUACGCUUCAGGAAUCUGUUUUUCAUCAUCACAGGACUAGAUAUAGCUAUCUACAACUUUGGAUGGUCUUUCUACAAUAAUCUGAUACCAGGGCUCGUAAUUUAUGCUACCACAAAGAUGUUUGGAGCUAAUGGCCUUAAUGUAAUAUUUACCAUGGUAUUUAAUAUGACAUAUUUGUUGGUUGGCUACGUUAAUACUGAGUCUGAAGAUUAUGAUAUAACAUGGACAAUGCCACAAUGUGUUCUCACACUGAAAUUGAUAGCUCUUUCGUUUGACUUGUGGGAUGGCCAACGGAUGAUUAGAGGCAGGCAAAUUUCAGAAACCAAUAAAGUUACUGCACUUAUCACACAACCAACAUUCGAGGGACUGAUGGGAUUCAUAUAUUUCCCAGCCUGUUUCCUUGUGGGGCCGAUAUUUUCGUACAAGCGAUACAUAUGCUUUAUAAGCAAUGAGUUUCCAGUGGAAAAGGAUUAUGAGAAUUUAACAAACACCGCAUUCAAGAGACUUUUGCAGGGAUUGGGAUACUUAAUUGCCUUCCAAGUUGGAAUUUCUGUGUUUAGCAUGAAGUACAUGAUGUCUGACGAGUUUUGGGAGACUUCCAUUUUUUACCGGCACUUCUACAGUGGUCUAUGGGCCCACUUUGCCCUGUAUAAAUAUAUUUCAUGUUGGCUGCUCACUGAAGCUUCCUGCAUUCGCUUUGGUCUGUCCUUCAAUGGCUAUGAGAAUUACCAUCCAGGGGAUAGUGUGAAAGCCAAAUGGGACGGUUGCAGUAACAUCAAGCUGAUGCGGUUCGAAGGAGCGACAAAGUUCCAACACUACAUAGACAGUUUCAACUGCAACACAAACCACUUUGCAGCUGAGUAUAUAUAUAAACGUCUCAAAUUUCUCGGCAACCGUAAUCUGAGUCAAUUUCUGACAUUAUUAUUUCUCGCACUGUGGCAUGGAACUCGAUCAGGGUAUUACAUGACGUUUUUCAAUGAAUUCAUCAUCAUAUAUAUGGAGAAAGAGUUUGAACACAUAAUAUCUAAUACUGAUGCAUAUAAGAAAAUCUGGAACUCCAAUGCUAAAUAUUUACUAUAUGGAUUUCUCAAAACGUAUACUAUUGUUUUCAUGGGGUGGAGUCUGAUACCGUUUGAUCUGAAAGUGUACAAUAAAUGGUACAAUUUGUAUGCCAGUUUGUAUUUCUCAGGGUUCUUGGUGUUUCUGCCGUGGGCGUUUGUGUAUAAACCUGUUUUGAUAAAGCUAGUCAAAUGGUACAAUAGGAGCGAUAAGUGAAUCAUGACAAAAGCUGUGUUAAUAUGUAAAAAAGGUUGUUCUGAAAGCCUCUGGAACUUAAAUGUGCUUAGUGUGUAAAUGUAAAUAAUGGUUGAUAUAAUGUCAGCCACUGACAAUGUUGUCAGAUUUUUUUUUUGCCAAGUCGGGAUUUAGGAACUUUUUGACUGUAAAAAGCGGGACUCUUUCGUCGACAGCAGGGCAUCAUAAAAAAACUAAUAUAAUAAUAAGUUUUUGAGAACUACCGACCGAUAACAUGCUUACCCACCAUCUAUAAGCUCCUUACAUCCAUUCUGUCAUCAAAAUUAACGAUGCAUAUAAAUGCAAAUCAUAUUUUGGCCCCAACACAGAAUGGAUGUAAGGCCCGGUCUCGUGGUACAAAGGAACUUCUCCUCAUAGACACUGCUAUUUGCCAACAGGUUCGGCGAAACAGAAAAAAUCUCACGGCUGCUUGGAUAGACUACAAGAAGGCCUAUGAUUCAGUGCCUCAUUCAUGGCUCAUGGAGGUCAUGUGAUUGUACAAGGUCGAUACAACACUAUGCUCUUUUCUUGAGUCAUGUAUGAGACAGUGGAUGACAGUUCUUCGUCACCCAGGCGCUUCUGAGUGUUCUGAAUCGAAUGAACUGAUAGGGAUUAGGCGAGGUAUUUUCCAGGGCGAUAGUUUGAGCCCUCUAUGGUUUUGUCUAGCUCUUAAUCCUCUCAGUACUUUACUGCGGGAUUCAGGGCUAGGCUUUCGCCUUCGCAGGGGUGGUGAGCUCAUAUCCCAGUUGCUUUACAUGGAUGACCUCAAACUGUAUGCAUCAAAGCGUACAGACCUAGUGUCAUUGCUGAAGAUUACUCAAACCUUUAGCAAUGACAUAAGGAUGGAAUUUGGUGUAGACAACUGUGCGGUCAUCAAUGUAGAGCGAGGAAGGAUAGUGAGCUCCGAGAAUAUAGUUAUUUCAGAAACUGUCAUUCUCAGAUCACUCCUUGAAGGCGAGACCUAUAAAUACCUUGGAAUGACAGAAGCACUUUGUAUUGAGGCAGGGAAUAUGAAACAGGUAGUGAAGGAACGCUUCUUUGGCCGCCUGAAAAAAGUCCUAAAAAGUCUUUUAUCAGGCGGUAACAAGGUGCGUGCCUUCAAUAGCUGGGUCAUGCCCUUACUCAUAUACACUUUUGGCAUUCUAAAGUGGACUCAAACCGAACUGGAUUCCCUGGACUGUAAAGUCCGCAAACUGCUGACGUCAUACCGGAUGCAUCACCCCCGUUCAUCUGUAAUGAGAUUGUAACUCCCACGCAAGUGUGGAGGACGUGGCUUCUUAAACGCCAGGAACCUCCAUAAUCGUGAGGUGUGCAAUCUCAGAGAUCAUUUUCUCAAGAUGAAUGUGAGUAUGUAUCAGGAUGUCGUUGCAGUGGAUAAGGGACUUACCCCGCUAUCCCUAGGCAAAGAGAACUGGCGCAAGCCUAUAGUAAUCAGUAACUCAGAUCGUGUGGCAAUAUGGAAGAGCAAGGAGUUGCAUGGACGAUUCUACAAGGCCCUUACUGGGCCGGAUGUAGAUCAAAUAACCUGUAUCUUGGUUGCAAUUCGGUGACCUCUUUGGGGAAACCGAGGGUUUUGUCUGUGCAAUUAUGGACGAAGUUAUAAAGACGAGAAACUACCGGAAACACAUUAUGAAAGAUGGCACUCUAGACAUCUGUCGAGCGUGUCAUCGUCCUGGGGAGUCCCUCAGGCAUAUUGUGUCCGGGUGUUCUCACCUUGCUAACGGCGAAUACUUGCACAGACAUAAUCAAGUAGCCAAGAUAAUCCACCAACAGCUUGCUCUUCAAUAUGGCCUUAUCGAUUUUGAGAUGCCUUACUAUAGGUACGACCCAGCGUCAGUUCUUGAAAAUAGCAGUGCAUUGCUCUACUGGGACCGAACUGACACUGACACUGACAGGUAUAUUGUAGCCAAUAGACCUUAUAUAGUGCUAGUCGAUCGGUCAGUGCGUCGUGCAAUAAUUGUUGAUAUUACUGUUCCACAUGACGAUAAUCUGGUUAAAGCCGAAAAGGAAAAAGUAUCAAAAUACUUGGACCUUGCUCACGAGAUUACCGCCAUGUGGAAUGUUGAGUCAACUAUUAUUGUUCCGAUAGUUGUUUCAGCCAAUGGUCUUAUAGCGAAAAGCUUCGACCAACACCUUAAGAAGCUUUCGCUUAACUGUUGGAUCAAGAGUCGGAUACAAAAGGCAGUGAUUCUUGAGACGGCGCGUAUUGUGAGGAGGUUCCUCACUCUGGAGCCCUGACCACCGGUUGCUUGGACACUCAAAUGUCCCGCAGCGGGAGGGUGAAUUUUUUUUUAUAAAUUUUUAAUAAUGUUUUGUAUUUUAUACUUAUAUUGUUAAAAAUUUAAAAAAGAAGGAAGUAAUUAAUAAAGUUUUUGAGUAGGAAUUUAUCUUUUUAUUUGACUUUAAAUUACGUUUACGUGACAUUAGAUAGUAAUAAUAUAUAUAGAAAGUGCAUUUUAAUAAAAAUAUGAUAUUAUAAAUCAGAUUUACCCUAUUGUUCGUCUUCUGAAUUAAGAAACAAAAAUCACACGGUUGAGAAAUUCCCGAAAAGCGAGACUGAGCGCGUGCGGGACAUGUAAUUUUGACUUAAAAAUCGGGACUUCUGGCAACGCUGGCCACUGACCAUCCAAUAAGAUCUGACAAAACUGAUCGCGACCAAUACACAAUCAGUAUCGCUGCAGGCACGUGAACUUAUUGGAUGGUGAGUGGCUGACAUAAUAAUAUAGUGGUACAAUAAUUGAAUAAGUAUAUUUAUAUUCAAACUUUAUGAAAUUCUGGCAGUCAAAUCUUGCCACACGUCUCUCCUUAACCAUACCAAUUGUUGUUAAGUUUUAAUUAAUUAUUUUAUUUAGAUUAGUUAAGUAAUUUGUGUAUAAUUAGGAUUAUUCAUCCGCUUCACAACCCAGUUUGAAGUAGAAUGUUGGGCUCAUGCUCUAUAUGUUUCUGUGAUAACUUGUAGUCUUUGUAUUAUGGGUUUGUAAAUAUUUUUAAUCGGUGGCAAAUUAUAACGUAUUGGGAUUUUUGCAAAUAUUGUAGGUUGUUCGCAAAAUAUGACAGAAUAAUGCAAUCCUAAGACUCCACGGACUUCGCGAUUAAAAUCAACUAUUAUUAUUAAAACUUAAAAUCAUGUUUAUUGUCUUAGAUUAGGAUUUCUAUUUGUUAACAAUUGAAAUACUGUACGUGUUUAUAUAUUUUUUCUAUACAGGGUGCUCGGGAGUAUAUCCCAUAACUCUAGGGUUAUAUUCUAUAACAAACAUUAAUUUAAGAUGUUCAAAGGACAUGUGUUUUAAAAUGAAUAUUUUCGGAGAAAAAAAUAAUAUUUCUUUUGUAAAUAAAAUAGAUCUUAAAAUGUGUGCCUUAUACGCAUCCUUAUAUUAAUGACGUAUUUCCAUUUUAAAAUGCAACGUUGUCAUUUUGUUACGUAAAGGCGUGUGAUACAUGGAUAAUUGAUAUUAUUUGAAUUACUUUGUAUGAAACCUUAUUUUUUUUUUCAUUUUGUUGUUAAUAAAAUAUUAGUUAUGCAGUUCGGUUCCUUAAAUUUGUCUCGUUAAUACCUUGAAGUUAUGGGAAAUACUAUACCGAGCACCCUGUAUAGAAGGCCCAAGGUAUGAGGAACCAGGACAUAUCUCGAGAGAUAGACAUAAGUCGACCAAUAACUAGCUAUGGCUGUUUUUCGUUGUGUUUUUGACGCCCUCUGUGGCGCAGUGUUUGGCGCGGUGGAUUCAACAUCAUUACAUGGUAGUAAAACAAAAGGAGAAUUCCAGAUCCUGACCCAGUCUUAACUCAGAUUUUUGCGGAAAUAUGUAUUGGUCCUCAAUAUGUAUUUCACGAGAUAUGUCGUUAACACAUGCUAUAUUUACAUAUUCUAAGUACACAUACAAAAUUGACAUACUGUUGGAAAUAGGAAUACGUCGCUCAAUCUCGUAUUGGCUCGUGCCGACGCUAAGACUUGUUUUGUAAAGAGUAGGGAUUUAGAGAGGGGUAGCGAUCAGUUGGCGGGAACGACUUGCGAUAUAAGGCGCUCGUCUUUCGUUCGGCUUCAGUAUGCUCGUGGCAUUCGAGCCGUGCACAUUUCUUGUUGUGUAGGUCUUUAUGAGCUACUUGGGAUAGGCUGGGUGUGUUACUUAAGUGGAAAAGGGGAGUGCUAGAUAUCUGUCAAGGGCGCCCUUGACACACAACGUUCACAAGUGCGUGACUCCACUAAAGGUCAUUCUCUGCCGUUCUAGGGACUAUUCGUAUUAUGUACUCAGCUAAAAAUACAUUAAAAUUUAAUUUAACAAUUAUAUAUUUCUUUCUUUUUCUAUCGCAGUCUUUUACUAUUUUCUUUUAAUCAUGCAAAACAAUUUCUUAAAUCAUUUAUUUAUUAUAUAUUAAGCAAAACACUGAGAAUUGGAACUAAAAAAACAAGAAAACCCCAUAUAUGAUUCACGAUAUUUGUCAGGACAAUUUAACCAAAAUAAACCCUUCAAUGGCAGAAUUACAUUGAGCAGUCCCACAGGCUUGUGACUCUGGGUGCACGUUUAAGGAGGCAUAAUAUAAAUAUGAUGACCAAAAUGUAUUGUAUAGAUUAACAAGUAAACAGCUCCGAAGAACGUGUAAGUCUUGUAGUGCAUGCUCUAAAAAUCAUGAUGAAACCAUAUACUAUACAGGGUGGUCGGCAGUAUUUCCCAUUACUCUGGGGCUAUAUUGUAUACCGAAAAUUAAUUAAAAAUGUUCAAGGAACAUGUAUUCUAAAGAUAAUAUUUUCGGGCUAAAUAAUAUAUUUUUUUUGUAAAUAGACUCUCUUAAAAUAAUAACGUAUUUAUAUUUUAAAAUGCAACGUUGUCAUUUUGUUACGUGUGUAACGUCGGAUAGUCGGUAUUAUUUGAAUUACUUUGUAUGAAAACAUAUUUUUUUUUCUUUUUGUAGUUAAUAAAAUAUUAGUUAUGCAGUUCGGUUCCUAUAAAUGGUCUCGUUAAUACCUUGAAGUUAUGGGAAAUACUCCCGAGCACCCUGUAUAGUGUCAUGACUCAUAAUUCCUGCGAUCAAAUGUACUGUUUGUUUCAUGACGUUAUAGCGUCUGAUUAGACUUGAAAGGAAAACUAUUUUACUGUUUCUUUUAUAUUAUGUAAACUUUAAUAAUUUCAACCAACAUAAAUAACAGUUUUUAGAGGAUGUACGAAUAUUACGUUAAUCUGUUACUGUUUUAUUCACCUACCUUAGAUAUAAUUCGGCUGAAUUUAUGCUAUGUACUAUAAAAAUAUUUCAUCAAUAAUAAUAAUAAUAAAUAGAUUAUGUUA